AUGACUGGAAAGUUGCCCCAUAACGGUCUGGUGGUUUACUGUGGCACCAUAGUGACAGAAGAAGGCAAAGAGAAGAAAGUCAACAUCGACUUUGAGCCAUUCAAACCCAUCAACACCUCUCUGUACCUCUGUGAUAACAAGUUCCACACGGAGGCUCUGACAGCGUUAUUGUCAGAUGACAGUAAGUUUGGAUUCAUAGUCAUUGAUGGUAGUGGAGCUCUGUUCGGGACUCUACAGGGAAACACCAGAGAAGUGCUGCACAAAUUCACUGUGGACCUGCCCAAAAAACAUGGAAGAGGAGGUCAGUCCGCGCUGCGUUUCGCUCGGUUACGGAUGGAGAAGAGACAUAAUUAUGUGAGGAAGGUGGCAGAGACAGCCGUGCAGCUCUUCGUAUCCAACGAUAAAGUCAACGUGGCCGGACUGGUGCUGGCUGGAUCUGCAGAUUUCAAAACAGAGCUCAGCCAAUCAGACAUGUUCGACCCGAGGUUACAGGUGAAAGUGUUGAAGCUGGUCGACAUCUCUUACGGAGGAGAAAAUGGCUUCAAUCAGGCCAUCGAACUGUCCACUGAGGUCCUGUCCAACGUCAAAUUCAUACAGGAGAAAAAAUUAAUAGGGCGAUACUUCGAUGAGAUCAGUCAGGACACAGGGAAGUAUUGUUUCGGUGUGGACGACACACUGAAGGCGCUGGAAAUGGGAGCCGCUGAAAUUCUCAUCGUCUAUGAAAACUUGGAGACGAUGAGAUACGUCCUGAGAUUGCACGGCGCGGAGGUCAACGGCUCAGAGAACGAUGAGAAAGUCCUUUAUUUGUCCCCAGAACAAGAGAAGGACAAAUCGCACUUCAUAGACAAAGAGACGGGUCAGGAACACGAGCUCAUCGAGUGCGUGCCGCUGCUGGAGUGGUUCGCCAACAGCUAUAAGAAGUUUGGAGCGGCUCUGGAGAUAGUGACGGAUAAAAGUCAAGAGGGAUCGCAGUUCGUCAAGGGUUUCGGAGGAAUCGGAGGUAUUUUGCGGUACCGAGUGGAUUUCCAGGGGUUGGAUUACCAGGAAGAUGAGGAGUUUUUUGAUUUGGAUGACUACUAGGUAGUCAAGAAUGAGCUAGAGAGAAAUCAAUGAAGAUUUGAGGAAUUAUGGAAUGAGAAAAAAAUGGUUCUUUCUCACCAAAAAAAAAAUAAAAAAACCAGUUUGAGAAGUGUGUCCUUUGUCAGUCAAAUGAAGGACAGAGCCGUUCAUGAAUAAUUAAACAGCCCUGCCUUUAGAGCGUUCUGAUUGGACAAGACUCAUUUGUUUAUUCUCUUCCUCUGUUUGAAUUAAAGUCGCUGGAACCUUCAGAUUGUUUUGAAAUAAGUUUAUUUUUCUUUUUAUCCUCUGUUCCCUGUUUUUCUUCUCCCUACUUUUUCCACCAUAAAUCCACCACUAGUUCUCUUCCUUUAGUUCUCUUAAUUUUUUUUUUUUAAAUUGGCAAUUGCUGCUGCUGUAUUUUAUGACAGUGUGGUAUUUUUUACAUGGGUUUCUGUAAUGAAUAGGGGGAAAAUAAAAUUAAUUUGAAAAUGCU